AUGGGGAAGCGGGCUUGCUCGACAGCAGCACUGGAAGCAGGAAUUGAAAGCCUUUCCCUCCAGGAGCCAACGGCCACAGAGCCUGUUCCUGAAAGUGAAGAGCCAGCUGAAGUUGAAGGUAUUUUGGAGGAGACUGGGGUCAGCAGGCUCCCUUGGUACGAAGAAUUGAUCAAGCAGGCGCCGAAGUGCGAAGCUGACUGCCUCGACUGGAAGGCCUGGGCAAAUUGUGGCGCUGCUCUUUGGCACCUGGGCGAGAAGAAGGCUAGUUGGGACUGUUAUAAGCAGGCUGCACAUGCUCUUCAAGGUUUUCGUACUGAGUUGACGACGGACAAGCUUUUGGCAGAUCCAGUUGUUGGCAAAUUCUUGAGUGCACUGGAGCGUGACUUUCGAGCAGGGCGUUGGGAAUCUGACGAGGCAGCAGACCUGGCGCUCUUUGCUGUGCUCACACUUCGCGGCCGUGCAGCCGAAGUCUGCACGGAGAUCUGGCAUGAACGCCUUCCGAACCACUACUUUGCCGCGAUGCAGGCUUUAUGUAGAAGACUCAGCACGCCCAGCCGGCCUCUUCGGCAAGUGUGCCCGGAUGAUUCACGUAUGGAUUUGAUGAGUGGCAACACACUGGCUUUGCUUGUGGCACCCGACGGCGAGCAGUCCCAUCAGUGCUCCAUGACCCCGGCAGUGGCCUACAGAAAGCAGCACCAGGCUUACGAACUCGGCGCGGGGGCAGGCGACUGUGAGCAGCUGCUGGGGCGGUGGCACUAUGAUGGGUCGAUGUCUUAUGUGAUAUCGCCGCUGGGGGACAGAGCUUGCCGAUUUGACGAGUGGGCUUGGGCCUUCUUGACAGGCUCCUCGAAUGCAGCUGUGCAGUCUGUUGUCAGCAUCUCGUGGACUAUGAUGGGCGUUCAUAUGCUUUCGUUGGCUGAGCACCAGUGCACCUGGUCACACGGGUCUCUGAAGGAACAGCGCUUUGUGGGGCUGAGAUACGACACUCAGAGACAGGUCUUGAUCUCCCAGUGUAGACCACAGCAAGGCGAUUGGGGCCCUGAGACCAUAGCUACAUCAGUCUCUUCGGAGCUCAACCAAAAUCACGGCGGCCUAACGCGAUAUGCUGUAAUGGCUACAUUGCUUUGCACCGGCUUGGUUCUUUUGCAAGAUCUGACUUGGCGAAACUCAAUGCGUCCGCUGUUCGUUGCCGUCGGCCUGGAAGACGUUGCUGACGACAUUCGACGCUGGACCAAGGACUGCUGGUCAACUGUGCUGCCCGGCUGGAUUUGGAAACAGCUACACAAAUCUCCAUUCAGCAUGGCGAAAGUGGCAGGCGGAAGCUUGGAAGCGGACUCAGCUAGGGCGCCAGCAAUGCCACAGGAGUCGGCCAAGUGGCUACCCGCAACGAUCAACAAAAUGAGUGAAGCUUGUUGCAUCUGUGUCAUGCUGCGUGUUACCUCUAUCUCCCAUUUAGCGAAACGAAUGCCGACGGAGCUUUCCUCAGUCUUCCGCAGUAGCAACCUUUUUUGA